ACACCUGUUAAAUGUCAGAUCAAUCUAACCUCAAUGAUAGCAAAUAUAACUAAUUUUUAUGAUUUAUUUUAAAUAAUUUGUAAGGCCGUAGCCUUAACAUGAACAAAAAUUUACAAUCACCUACAAAAUUAACGGAAUUUGCUCCAUUACAAUCGGAAGAAAAGCAACAAAGUGUCGGUCAGUUUAUAUCGAAGCUUUUUAAACUAAACAAAACUUCGCCCACAACUGACAAUGCAUCCAUCAACACGGAGAAACCGCUUGACAAUACCUCACAAGAAUCGUUACCGACAUGGGCAAUCGAAUCGACGCAAGAAAACUGUGAAGCACGUAACGAUUAUUACUACCAGGUGGACGUGAACGAAGGGAGGAGCUUGCCUAAUGUUCUUAAACGUAUUAGCAAUUUACUAGCAUUGAAGAGUACAAAUUUGCAAGCGUACUCGGACACCGAACUGAAACAAUAUUGGAUGCCAGAUUCUGUAAGCAAAGAGUGUUACGAGUGCGGGGAGAAGUUUACAACAUUCCGCCGCCGUCACCAUUGUAGAGUUUGCGGGCAAAUUUUCUGUUCACAAUGUUGCAGUCAGCAAAUUCCCGGGAAGAUAUUCGGGUGCACAGGUGAUCUCAGGGUGUGCACUUACUGCUGUAAGGUGGUGCUUUCGUACUUGCAAUCGCCCGACGUAGGUGCAGAUCUAACGGCCGAUCUCAAAGCGCUACAAGAAAAUUUAUUAAAUAAGUAUGGGGCAAAUUCACCAGUCGGAAACUCGGUCUUAGGGAUUGGUGCUAUUCUGAAUCCUAUAUCAAAUAGCUCAUUAGAGACUGGGGGUACGUUGAGAAGGAAAAUAUCUCUCGGUUAUCAAGAGGAGAAGUUUGCGAUUGGACGACCCGCUUCAGAAAGCUACAUGUCUCCUGAAGAAAAAUGCAAAGUUUUGCAAAACUCGGCCUCUUUACGUAGUCUCUACGAAGAAAUAUGCAGGCCUGCUUCGGGGGUUCCUCUGCAGAUACACCGAUAUAGACUGAGGACGUACUCGGAUUGUUUCCUAGGAUCGGAAUUAGUCGACUGGUUAAUUUAUCAGCAGAAAGCGAACUCAAGGGUUCAAGCUGUAGCUAUCUGUCAGGCUUUACUCGAAGGUGCUUACAUUGAUUGCGUUUCGGAACCGAGUUGUUUUACCGAUGGGUACGCACUUUAUAAAUUGGGCAUACUUCCCAACGAGCCUCCAGUUGAUAUGCAUACCUGUGAUCUUCCAAAUCAAGAUGAGCCGAUUUGGACCCGACAAGUACCUCAGGAAUUAAGCAGUACUACAGAUUCUGAAAGCGACAAUGCUGUUCAAACCCCUUCAAAUUCAACUCACUUUAAGUCUUCGUCUUCGUACAUGUUAGAUUUAAAUUUGGAGUCCAACACUGUUUAUUUAUCGAAACCACCUCCGUCAGUACAAAAUAUUUAUUCUCCAGUUGACUGUGAUACUAGCUUAAAGAAAGACAUUAUCUGCGAGGAGCCACCAGCUGUGAAUACUUCCGAGCAAAGAGAAUUUGUACCUGAGUCAGGCUGGCACAAACCUUCGCACUUGCGGGAGGAGAACGGGGAAAAAUUUGUUUAUAAUGUUAUAACGAAUACCUAUAAACAACACGAAGAAGGUUUAUUAAAGCAACUUCUUUCCAUUCACGGUCUGUCCGUUUCGUGGGUGGACACAAUAAUUAAAUUGACGCACGAAAUCGUAGACUUAAUUCGGCCAGAUAAGAAUCAUGACGCAGAGGACAUAGACGUACUUCGAUACGUCCAAUUUAAAAAAGUAAGCGGGGGUGCGCGUACGGACAGUCAAUUGGUUGGCGGUAUCGUGUGCAGCAAAAAUAUCGCCCAUAAGUAUAUGUCGACGAAAUUGGAGAAUCCGAAAAUACUAAUCCUCCAAUGUUCCCUCGUUUAUCAAAGGACGGAAGGGCGUCUCAUGUCCCUCGAACCAAUUCUAAUGCAGGAGCACGAAUAUCUUCGAAACGUAGUCGCCCGAAUAAUAGCGUUACAGCCCGACGUCAUUCUGGUGCAACGGAACGUGUCGAGAUUGGCGCAGGACUUGUUACUCGCUCAGGGGAUGACGUUAGUGCUAAAUGUGAAGCAGACCGUUUUGGAGAGAUUGGCGAGGUGUACACAGGCCGAUCUCGUGACUUCUAUGGAUGCGCAUAUCGGCCGACCAAGGUUGGGUACAUGCAAGUCAUUUUAUUUGAAAACGUUCGAUAUAGAGCGAGGUGGCUGUAAAACGCUAAUGUUUUUUGAAGGCUUACCAUUGUCUCACUUAGGAGCUACAGUAUUACUAAGAGGCGCUUCACUCAAAGAACUCGAAUCAAUAAAACAGAUCUCUAGACUCUUACUAUUCGCGUCGUAUAAUUGGAGGUUAGAAAAGUCAUUCCUUAUGGACGAGUUUGCACAACCACCAAACUCCAAGGAGGAAUUUUUCGACGACAGUAAGGAAAACUCUCCCGACCUGCCCAUAAGUAAAAUACCCAUAUCUGACUCUGACAAUAAAUCUAAAUUGGAGUUGUUUUCUGACAGUGAAAAUGACGCCGAGUUCUUUAGUAUGAACACGCGAAGUGACUCGUAUACUGCCACUAGCAACAAUACGACGAAAUCGGAACGUGCCGAAAGAGUGUCCGAGGAUCGGAAGGUAACACCGGAAUCGACUAGCGAUUUUAGUGACCCUCUGCUCUCUUGCAAUUUGGAAGAUGACGUAUUUAAGUCUAAUAAUGUCGAGAAAUUUUCCGUGGCAGAGUUGCCGUUUUCGAAUACAUUCCGUAAAGCCCUGGACGAUACGAUCCUUUGCAUUUCCCCGUACAUUGUCUUUACGAUUCCCUAUUUAGAGACCGACUCUGGACGCAAAUGCAAGUUGCGCAACUUUUUCCCGCCCGAACUAUAUUUAAGCCAGCAAAUUGAGAAGAAGAAGAAGGUUAAGAGUAAAGAUGUGGCGGCGAACGAAGGCUGUAAUUUGCACAAUUCUCACAAUUUGCACCUGAAACCGUCACAUCCUUUUAUUACGGAGAGGAUACGGAGAAGCGCCGAUAGUAACGAAUUUCAGAGUAUGCUAGCGCAUUUUCGAGCUUGCGGUGGCCGAUUGGAGCAUAAAGAUGCGGUCGUUCGCGAUGAUGACAAAGAGAAUAGACAUAACGAGACGAAACACGUGCCCGAAUACGAAAGUAAUCAUUUAGACGCUUUGGAUCUGCUGAGUCAUCAGAAGUUGGGGGUGUUGUUUUGCAGUUUCAGUCACCUUUCCAAUAAUGCGCCGGCAUUUUGCGUAAAGAUGGUUGUGGCCAUGGAAUUUUAUGGUGUAAAUGACAUUCCCUUGGGCUGCUUUUUGGAGAGAUACUGCUUCAGGUCGACAUAUAAAUGCGCUUCUAAUACAUGCGACUCGCCGAUGCUAAAGCACAUUCGCCGCUUUGUUCACAACGGCGGCUGUUUGAGUCUCUUUCUGAACAGUUUCGAGAAUGAAUUCGAAGAGAGUGGAAUCGUCAUGUGGAGUUGGUGCAGCAAGUGCCACAAAGUAUCGCCCGUAGUCCCGAUGUCCAACGACACUUGGUCGUUCUCGUUCGCCAAGUACUUGGAGCUAAGGUUCUACGGUGGUCUUUACACUCGAAGGGGAAGCGCGGGAUGCUCCCACAGUUUGCAUCACGAUCAUUUUCAAUAUUUCGGUUAUAAGAAUCUCGUAGCGUCUUUUAAGUAUACACCGGUGCAACUUUGGGAAAUUUCACUACCGCCUACGCUAAUUACAAUUUUGUACAACGUCGUUGAACAACAAAGCAAGCUUAUCGACGAAAUAAAAACGCUUGCGUUAAAAGGUCACGAAAUUUACAAUCUAAUCAACGAUAGACUUCUAAUUUUUUCAACGGAUAUCGAGGGAUGUAGCGCUUUAAAACAAAUUUUAGCGAAAGAGCAGUUGAAUUUCAAGCAAAAGAUCGAAGAGGUGCAAUUAAAGUUGACAUCACCGACGUUGGAAAGCAAAGAUCUCCUCUUCGAUGGCGAAGACGAGGAUAAUCGAAAGCAGAUUGCGGUGUGGAGAAUUGAAGACGUAAUAAUCAGAAUAAAGCGUUUGAUUUUGGAGUGCGUUGAGCAGUGGAACGUACGGUUGGCUGACCUUGCGAAGAAACGGGAAUCUGACAAGAAAAAGGAGAAGGUGGUGUCAGUUGAUUUGGAUAGUCCGGAAGUCGUCGAAGCCCAGCCGUUGAUGGUAUCACAACCAGUUGAAGCUAAAGUUGACCAUCCGACUUCCAGUGGAUUAUCAACGAAAAAAAUUAAGAGUUUAGAUCAAGGGGAUGACGAAAACGUUUCGUCCUCGCCGAAAAUACACCACCGGUCUCAAUCAGAUGGUACAGCAAUGUCUCAAAUGGCACUAUAUGAUGAUUUCCAAGAUAACAAAAAGGAAAUAGACAAAAAGACGGUCAAAAACAUUCUCUCACAGUUACUACCGUCAUCGAUUAAUGUAACGCCCAUCCAACUACCCUUUGGGAUACAAGAGCACUACACCCUUCCGACAGGGGUAUCCAUACCAAUAGUCGUUUAUGAAAACGAACCUAGUUCGAUUGUCGCCUACGCACUAAACUCGUUUGACUACAAAAGGUCGCUCGAUGAAAUGAUGGGGAAGAAACCGCAAAGCGCCGAACAAAGUCCGAGUCCUGUUCACAAACGGAAGUCACAGUCCGAUAAGGAUCAGUCGGAGGGAGGAGAUUCGUCUUCGAGUAGAAUUCUGUCAUUCCUCCGAAGUAAGGAUUCGAAAAACGACUUACUGCACUCCGUACAAGUUGGAGCUGGAAUUGAGUCAAGUCAAACAGAAGAAUCCCCUCCCAGUUUGGAGAAGCAAGAUGACGCAAGGAAGGGAAAACCGCUCCACAUUGAAAUCCAAUUUUCCGACCACAACACAAACUUUUUCUGUCGUAUUUACUACGCUGAACGUUUUGCAUGGUUACGAAGUAUCUUCGUACCAGACGGUGAGGAGGCCUUCACUCGCUCCCUUUCGCGAUGCGUGCAGUGGAACGCGCAAGGGGGAAAAUCAGGAUCGACCUUCUGCAAAACUAUGGAUGACCGCUUCGUACUCAAGGAGUUGCCCAAGUCCGAAAUACAACUCUUUCUCGAUUCUGCCCACAACUACUUCGACUACCUGCAGCGGUGUUUCGACUCGCGCCAGCCGACGCUGCUAGGUAAAAUUGUGGGCAUCUAUCAAAUUAUCUACAGGAACGUUACGACGAACGCAACUUUGCGCACCAACCUGCUCGUCAUGGAGAAUUUAUUUUACAAUCGGAAGGUGACGCAUAAGUUCGACUUGAAAGGUUCGAUGCGAAAUCGAUUGGUCAAUCCCGAUAAUCAGGAGGGAGAAAUCGUUCUUCUGGACGAAAACUUACUAAAAAUGUCGUGCGAGACUCCCCUGUAUAUUUUGCCGCAUUCCAAAGUAGUUUUAACCGCCGCGAUUCAUAAUGACACAGAAUUCUUAUCGGAGCAAUCCGUGAUGGAUUACUCCUUACUGGUGGGCUUAGAUUCCGACAAUAAAGAGCUUGUGCUUGGAAUAAUAGAUUAUAUUCGUACAUUCACAUGGGACAAAAAGUUGGAGACGAUGGUGAAGAAGUCGGGGCUUUUGGGAGGUCAAGGGAAGUUGCCGACUAUCAUUUCACCAAAGGAGUAUAGGAAACGGUUCAUUGAUGCGAUGCAUAGGUAUUUUUUAAUGGUGCCCGAUCACUGGGCUGGUUUGGGAAGAGGGCUCGAAUGUUAAUUUUUAGCUUUAGAUCAAUUUUUUAAAUGACAAAUUUUUACAGCGCAUGUACGUACUAGUUCCAAAGAAUACUUAGGUUUAUUGUAAAGAAAUUUAACUUAUCCUACUUUGUCAAAUGCUAAAAGUAGCAUGUUAGGUUUUGUAAGUGUAACAAAUGUUGAUAUAUAGUAAAGUGAAUGCAUUGAGAA